AUGUGACGAGGAGUCGUGAUUGGGUGCUGAAACAGCAGGGGGCGGGGUCACGGCGUCAACCCGGAAGCGCUGCGUGCAGGCUGCGGCUGUCCACCCGGCGCAGAGCUGCUCAGCGCUGCGGCAGGUUUGAUGUGCCUCGUUAUGUCCAACCAUGCUGAUGUCAGCCUCCCACCACAGGAGCGUGUCCAAAGCCUGAUCCGGGUGGGGAGUGCUGUGGAAGUGAGUGAGGAUGUCCCACUGCGGCGCUACUAUCGCUCCGGCGUGGAAAUCCUCCGCAUGGCCACCAUUUACUCAGAGGAGGGCAAUAUUGAGCAUGCCUUCAUCCUGUACAACAAGUACAUCACGCUCUUCAUUGAGAAGCUGCCAAAGCAUCGUGAUUACAAAACUGCCGUCGUACCUGAAAGGAAGGAGACAAUGAAAAAGCUGAAGGAAAUAGCCUUUCCCAGAGCUGAAGUCCUCAAGAAGGAGCUAUUACAGAGGUACGCGAAGGACUACACAAAGUACAUGGAGCAGAAGAAAGAGAAGGAAGAGGAAGAUGCACGGAACUUGGCUUUGCAGCAGCAGUUAGAAGAGGAAAGAAAUCGUGUAGCCUUAAUGAAGCAGCAGCAGGCAGAGCAAGAGCAGUUUCUUGCCUUUGAGGAGAUGAUUCGACGACAGGAGCUGGAAAAGGAACGUUUGAGGAUAGUGCAGGAAUUUGGAAAGCCGGAGCCAAGUGCUGAGUCUCUGGAUGGACCCCUCAUCCCUGGCAUGGAAAAGCCACCUACUGAUUUAACCCCAAGGGUUCCUGUCUCUCCACUUCACUCUGGGAGUCCAUCAGGGGGGACUGUCUCAGCCAAACCUCCUGUUGUGGACAGAUCUUUGAAACCUUGUGCUUUGGGGAGCACAGAACACACUGCAGGCAUGGAAGCCCUUCGCCAGGUCAUUGUCCCCAGAGAGCUGUGCCAUAAAUUCCUCCAGCUGGCUGAUGCUAACACAGCCCGAGGUGUGGAGACCUGUGGGAUCCUCUGUGGUAAGCUGAUGAGGAACGAGUUCACCAUAACCCACGUCAUCAUUCCCAAGCAAUAUGGAGGCCCUGAUUAUUGCAACACAGAGAAUGAGGAGGAACUCUUCCUGAUCCAGGACCAGCAUGGCCUCGUUACACUCGGCUGGAUCCAUACUCACCCCACGCAGACAGCUUUCCUCUCCAGCGUCGACCUGCACACACACUGCUCCUACCAGAUGAUGCUGCCAGAGUCCAUUGCUAUUGUGUGUUCUCCAAAGUACCAGGAGACAGGGUUUUUCAAGCUGACAGAACACGGCCUGGAGGAGAUCUCCUCUUGUCGACAGAAAGGAUUCCACCCACACUCCAAAGACCCUCCUCUCUUCACUACUUGCAAUCAUGUGUCAGUAGUCGAGAGAGAUGUGGUGCUGAUGGAUCUACGAUAGGCCUCUUGCCUUAAAUACCCACUGUAAAACCACCUACCUUCCCUCUAGGCCUAGGUAAAGUUUUGGUUCCUUCUGUAGCAGAUGAUUUCCACCAUGUGGUGCCCCUUUCCCUUCCUCCUGAGCAGUCAGGGUGAAAGCGAUUCCCUGACCUUAGCUCAUGAACUCGGUGCCUGGUGUUGGACUGGGGAAAUGGUGUGGAGGUUCAAGGUGUGGGGAAAAGCUAACAGGAGAUUGAAAGACAGAAGCUAACACUGAAGCAAAUAUUUAAUUUGUAGCUUGACCAGCUUCUUGGAUGGGGAGGGUCCUGCAAGUUGCUGCAUCCUUAAGCUGUGAAACCUCUUCAAGUGCUUUCCAAAGUGGGUCUCACCCAAAUUAACCCAUGUUCUGCUUUGACUUUCUUUCUGGGUUGGUAAAUUGUAGCCUCGAGCGUGGCUGGUUGGAGCAGAUAAAUCUUUGCUAAUGUUCAAAAUUAAACCUUCUUAACACCUCUCACUCCAUGCAAGAACCCAUCCUCCCUCCUGGUGCUCGCAUUUCUGCCCAGUGGAACAAGAAGGGGCCCAACCGUUGUGCUCCCCUUCCUUUGGGAACCCCCAUUUCAAGAGUUUAGGGUGAGAAGAUUCUGGAUGCAGCACUGCUUAAUUGCAGUGAUGGUGAGGGGGGCAUCUGGUUACUUUCUUCCUUUUCCUGGAUGGGGCGCUCACUCCAGCGAGGGUUUGGUUUGGCUGGUGCUGGUGAUGUGACAGAGGAGGCUCUCCCAUCCCAUGGUUACAGCAUUGGUACACUCCGUGGCUGAUCCACACGUGGGGCUCAGCUGCUCACCCAAACUCCUGGGCAUGUUGUGUUUCUUGAAUCCUUAAACACUCGCUCUUGACUGCCUCUGCAGUCCUUAAAGCAUUAUGAAGCCUGUCCUUGCCAAACCAAGCACUCCACGGUGUUGCAGUGAUGCAGGGCACCAUCUGGGGUCCUUCUCUGUGCUCCUCAUUGUUGAAAGCCAAGCAGUGACUUUGCAUCCCUGAGCUGUCGCGCUGAGCCUCCGCCCUCACCUGUAUCUGCAGUGAAAGAGCACUGCUGAAAAGUGGAAGGCUCAAAGUGUGAUGCAUCACCUCUCCGUGUCCUCUGUCGGGAUGCUCUGAUCGUCAGCAUGUAUCUGCAUGGGCAGGGGGGAGGGCUGGAGCUGCCUUCCCACCCAGGAGACGCACAGACAUGGAUAUACUGUGCCCUUGUACUCCUACCUACAAAACAGCAAACAUUGGUUGGUGUACAGUUUAAUACAGACAGGUUGUAUUA